AGAUAAAAUGUGGUUUAUUCGAAUCUAUAAACAGAGCAUCCACCACCGCCCCCAGGAUUGCAAUUGUUCCGUCUUUCCUCUCUCCUCCGGCGAUCUCCUUUUGCUCGGCCUCGCGGGCGUCGAUUCCCUCCCUGAAAAUCUGUCUUAACCAGGAAAACUAAGACGAUCCAGCGUGCGAAGGCUUAUCCGUUUGGUCUCCUGAUUCUCCUUCGCUUAAGAACAUUCCUACGCUGCGAUUUCCGACCCCUUUUUGGGUACGGGAAAAAGGGGAGCAACAAUCUACUCAAGAGAGAACCAUGUCAAUAUCUACCAGCCCAUCGUCAGUUUUGACUCCAAAAUUGCACUAUGAUAAUGAUGAGGAUGUUGCUUUGCUCACUGCUGUUAAUGAUGAGCACGGGGGUGUCAUUGUUGAAAUGAAGGAUCCCAUGAAUUCUACAGAUUUCAGUAUUUCAUUAAGAACAUCCUUAACAAAUUGGAAGAAGCAGGGUAUAAAAGGUGUGUGGAUUAAGCUUCCAAUAAAACUUGCAAAUCUUAUUGAAGUUGUUGUUCAGGAGGGAUUUUUAUACCACCAUGCAGAACCAACUUACUUAAUGCUGGUUCGUUGGCUUCCUAAUACUCAACACACGAUACCUGCGAAUGCCUCACAUAGAGUUGGAAUUGGGGCUUUCGUGAUGAACGAUAACAGAGAGAUUUUGGUGGUCCAAGAAAAGAAUGGCAUACUUAGAGGAUCAGGGUUUUGGAAAUUUCCUACGGGAGUUGUCGAACAAGCUGAAGAUAUACAUGUGGGAGCAAUAAGGGAAGUAAAAGAAGAGACAGGAAUUGAUACUGAAUUUGUUGAAGUUCUUGCAUUCAGGCAGACCCAUAAGUCAUUCUUCGAGAAGUCAGAUUUCUUCUUUUUAUGCUUGUUGCGCCCUCUUUCAUUCGACAUUCACAUACAAGAACUAGAAAUUGAAGCUGCCAAGUGGAUGCCAAUUGAGGAGUAUGCAGAACAACCUUUUGUCCAGAAUCAUGAGCUGCUGAAGUAUAUUCUUGAUGUUUGCUUGGCAAAGAUCGACAAAGGCUACUCUGGAUUCUCACCUGUUCAAAUAAGCUCAACUUUCUUUGGCCAAGAAAGAGAGGACUGCCUCUUCCUAAACAGCAGAGACUUCAAUCAUUAAAGACCUGUUGAAUCCUGAAUUCAAAUCCUGUAGAGCGGCCCUCUGUAGGCCCCUUUUCGGUUCCAGUUAUGGUGGACUUCUUGAAGACCAACAUAAAAAUCUGGAUAGCCAAAAAAUGGCAUAUGAGGGGCUCCUCUAGAGGAUUUGUAUUCUUGUAAAUGUUUGUUUUUGAUGUUUACUGUUCUCAGUUGCGAUAUAUGACUUCAAAACAACUAUAUGUCCAUUUUACAUGAGCUGUACUGUGAAAUCAUUAUGAUUAGAGGAUGCAUUCGCUUUAGUUUUGA